UUUUACGUGCCCUGUCCACCCGCGAUGGACCUUGAGAACGUCAUUCUGAUAUGCAUCUACAUUCUGCAGUUCCUUACUGCUUUGAAGUUGCUGUCCCAACUCGUUCAACUUGGGCUGAAAGUUAGGAGUCAUUGGUCGGAUCUCUUCAAGCGUUUGCGACAGCUCAUAGGCAAUGUCCAGGAAUGUCAGAAGUCGGAGAUCCGAGCCACCCGCUUCUUCGAGCGCACCCUUUGCAGACUCCUGCAGUCCAGUUCGCAGGUAAUGCUGGUGGCCCUCUUUCUGCGUCUUCUGGUGGUGCAGUGGCACCUCCUCUGGCACACUCCGCAUGAGAUGCAACCAGCCCUAGACCUGUCCAACCUGUUGGCCUAUGCUCUCCUGCUGCUCCUGUGUUCUUGGCCACAGCUGGUGACUCCCCAGUCACUGGAUGUUUGGUACAUUGUGCUGCAAGUUCUUUGCACUUUACCGCUAUUCUCGACGAAACCCGCAGAUGUUACCAUGGUGUCGCUCGUGACGCUGCUUCCACGCUUCCUUCUAGCUUUGUGCUGUCGGCAUAUGUGGCUGGCAGUUUUGGGAGGUACGUUGCAUUGGAUGAUCUCUUUGCAAAGUGUUUGGACAUUCCAAUCGGGCGACUUGUUCAUGGCGCAAUCGGCGGAACUCGUGGUCUUCUUCGCGGGCAUGGUGACCAUGCGGCAUCAAAUGUACGAGAACGUGCGGGUCAGCUUGAGUUUGCAGAAGCGCUCCAUCGAACUGGGUGCCGUGAGCAGCCUUCUCUACGGUUUCUGCGACGCGGUGGUCGAGCUGGAUGAUGAGUUGAAGAUUACGAACACCGCGAAUCAGCUGUCAACCAUGCUCUUGCGUAGCCUCGGGAGUCCGCCGCCGAAUCUCAUGGGAAGUGAGUUUCUGCGGCUCUUCCUCGAGGAGGACCGCGGAGUGCUCAAGAGUUCUUUAUGUUCCACCAGUGUCACCUCUCGCGUGUCGGCGCGGAUGGUGGACGCUUUGGGCAGCACCGUGCAACUGGAGCUACUUCAUACCUCGUUCCGAAACGAAGAUCAGCAGACCUGCCGUUUGGUGGGCAUGCGAGAAUUACAGGAAGCAGCGGACGUGGCACCGUUGAAAACACCACGGGCUGGGAUGGAGUCCAACAUGUCGUUGCUGUUCGAUGCCUGCAGUUUCGAGAUCUUGGGUGCCACAGAUGCCUUCAAACGCAUGAUGCGCGACUUUGGAUCUUUCAUGGAUGACUUGGACCAACUGAGUAUUUACGACCUGCUUGGCCCCGAGGAAAACUCGAUUGCCUUGGUCUCUUCCAUUCAAUCGGCGGUGAAUAGUUUUGACACCGAGCGGCCCUUGUCCAGCAGGCAAGUUCAAGCGAUCCAGCUGGGCAGUUUGGAGAUCUUGAACCACAAGGUGGAGGCAGUGCUGACGCUGCAGAAUGAUGAAUUGUUGAAGACGGUUGUGGGCACUCUGGCGGUUUCACUGGGUGCUACUCCGAGAAUGAGAUCUAAAGCCAGGAGCCAUAGAGGCAGUCCACGGCCUCACCAGAGCCACGUUGCGGAGGGUCGGAGUGGUAGCAUCCUCGACUUGCGCAAGGAUCACGCGCACGCGUCGCUGUGAGCUGCCACCGGGACGCCCUGACGUUUGGAUUGGAUGCGCUGGAGAUGGAGACCUGCUGUGUGCUAGC